UCCGUUCCUUGACUUUGGAUAACUGGGAGCCGGAGCAGCUUCAUGUGAUGCUCAAUUUGGGCAAUCGUCUGGUAAACAUGAUCUACGAGGCAGAUAUGCGUCGAGACAGCAGUGGUCUGUCUAGACCUACUGCACACAGUUCCAGUGAACAUCGUCGUCAGUGGGCUCGUGCGAAAUGGGCUCAGUGCCAAUUUGCCCGCCUGCCCGCAGCCGAGACUGAUCUGGAGAAUAUGACCAGCGAUUGGAUUCGUCAGCUGUACAACACGUGGUGCGAAUUACGUGAACAACAUCAGCAGCAUUUAUCCUCCACUGGGACUCCGUCUCCUGGUCCCCGCGCACAUUCGAAACUCGACCACGUGCUCGAAGUGAACGAUUUUUCCAAACGUCGAACCGCCACCAGACAGAGUCAUCGACGUGCUAUUUUGAGUAAGUGA